AUGAAUUCGUCCGACGAAAAACCUCAACUCUACGACCCGCGGCCACGAUCGGAAAUAAUGUCUUCAGACAACUACGAAGUCCCACAAAUCGUCAAGCCAGCGGUCGCUGUGAGCCCAAUCCGGGACGAAGAAUUGACCCGCGGCGGCAGACAAGUGAAAUGCUCGAUCCGCGGUUGCAAUCGUCGCGUCGAAUUGAUGGAAUUCCCAUUCUUCUCCGAUGCGGAUGAGGAAGAGAACAAAAGUCUUUCGACCCGCGGAUCACAACUCACUCAAUGGACAUUCGCCAUCAAAGAAGCCGCGGAUGAAACCACCACAGCGAGCCCAACAAUCACGAUCAACAAAGAUCGUGUGGAGAAGUUCUUGCAGAACAUCGACAUCUCAACCACUCGCAUGGCUGUAGCUCUGGAACGAUCCGCGGAUCAGAAAGAAGAGCAAAGAGGACAAGGCAGAAUCCGCCGUCCCCGAAACAACUUCCAGUACGACUUCAACAAACUCGUAGACAAGUUGGAGUCCAUUGAGCCAAAAAUCGACCUCCUGGUCAAUAAAUCGAUGGAGCCAACAAAGUCGACGAACGUGGAGGGAGACGGGACCCGCGGAUGGAACUAG